AAGGAGCCCUCUGCAUGGUUCUGAGGACUGUGACGUCAACUAGGAGAAACCUGCCACUGAAGAUUGUAGGUACACUACAAGCCCACUAGAGGACGACAAAGACCAGUCGGGAAUCUGGAACUGCAACCGCUUGUGGCUGAUGAAGGCGUCGUUAGGAAGCAGAACCAGAAACAACAAAAUUAAGGCCAAAACGGUCCAAACUGUUUGCUGAACUCCAGCCAAAGCAUCUUACGGAAGAAUACGGUUGACUUGGCAUCCUCCCGUGGUGCAUCCUGGUGGGAUGUCCUCCUCGGGCAAACAGAGCGCACACCCACCUGACAAAAUGAUUGACUGGCCUGGAAUGGGUAAAUGGCUUUCCCAAAGCCCUGACCUCAACCCAAUAGACUAUGCAUUAACUGUCCAAACAACAUCUCGCCGCGGAGCCGAGCAGCACAGGAUCCCUGACCUCACAAACCGGUUUGCUGACUAUCUGGAUUUGAGUCGGAGAGGAGGAGCGUGAGAGUAAAACGAGGCUGGAUAAUUAGGAAAAGCAGGCUGUAUUCCCAAAGGGAGAGCGCACUGAGCUCCAUGCAUGCUGCUGUCGGCAGCAUCCUUCGGUGUCUACCGCUUUAAGAGCGAAGGAGCGUGUGUGUGCGUGUGUGUGGGGGAGGGGUAUUGGCUGGGGUGGAACAGUCCUGUAAUGAGUAGAUUUUAGAGAGACGGCAGAUAGGAGAAAUAGCGAGAGGCCAAAUAAAAAAAAAAAAAGGGCAGAUGAUUUGAUGGAAUUGCGGGAUAUGACAACAAUCCUGGGAUAGGCGGGCACGAGGAUAGAAGGCAAAGGAACAGGAAGGGUUUUUUUUUCUGCUUCUCUUGGCACCUUAAGGAGAGCCUCCUCUUUGGAUCACAGCAGAGUGGAGCGAGGGGAAGGAAAUCGGAGAUCAUCACACUUGGAGUCUUUGUGGUAACGACUCGGAUCAUCGCUUAAAUGUCUUUUUUCCAAACGACACGAUAGAGAAAUCCUUUCAACUUCUCCUGUCUUUUUUUUUUUUUUUUUUUUUAAAUGACGUACUUGCGUGGUCGCAUCCUUGCCCCGUGUUCAGGUGCAGCGAGGAUGCUGGGAUGCUGUCGUAGCUAACCGAGCUCCAUUGCUGCCCCUGCCACGACUCUGCGGGCCCCCCGGGAAAAGCCGGAAAAGCCAAGCCCUGGCUUGUCUGGACUGAUACGACGGGGUUACAAGCUCCCCCGACUGCGUGGAGGUGCAGGGUGGAGGAGGAGGAGGAACAGGACGAGGAUGAGGAGCACCGUUAGCCUGCAUGCCCAUGGGAAGCAGAGCCGUAUUCAUAUUGCCGAGGCUUCGAUUGCUCCGACGUCGUAGAUGAAGCUUGUCAAAUCUUCCGAACAAGAAAUUCCAUUUCACAUUUAGAGCAGCGAGGAAGUUCGGGGCCUGUGCCUCCCUGAUACCGGAUCCAAGCAAGGCCUCCACGCUACUUGCUACUUCUGAGUAAACUAGGCCUCUGUUGCUCUUUUUCUUGACAUUCUAAGGAUUUGCCUAAACCUGUUUCAUGCAUGUCCACUGGAGGCAGGUUUGACUUUGAUGAUGGGGGGUCGUACUGCGGGGGGUGGGAGCAAGGAAAAGCCCACGGCAGAGGGGUCUGCACGGGGCCACAGGGUCAGGGUGAGUACGCAGGGGCGUGGAGUCAUGGCUUUGAGGUCCUGGGUGUGUACACAUGGCCCAGCGGGAACAGCUACCAGGGCACCUGGGCGCAGGGCAAACGGCACGGUAUCGGAGUGGAGAGCAAGGGCCGCUGGGAGUACAGAGGGGAAUGGACGCAAGGGUUUAAAGGCCGCUACGGGCAGCUGGAGAGCACGGCCAGUGGUGCCCGCUACGAGGGGACAUGGAGCAACGGUCUGCAGGAUGGAUACGGCACCGAAACCUACUCCGAUGGAGGAACCUACCAGGGCCAGUGGCUGGGUGGGAUGCGUCACGGGUACGGUGUGCGGCAGAGCGUGCCAUACGGCAUGGCGGCCGUCAUCCUCUUCCCCCUGCGAACAUCCAUAAACUCCCUCCGUUCCGAGCACAGCCACGGCCCCCCGGCUGUGUUCGAGGAUGGCAGCGCCACCACGCCAACGGAUGGCGUGGUGGCUGGGUUGGCCGGCAGCCCGGUGGGCCGUGGUGGCUUCGCCCUCACCGCUCCGAGUGAAGCCGAACGCCAGCGAAAGCGGAAAGGCCGCUUCCGACAGUCCAUCCUCAGCGGCCUGAAACUACGACGCUCCGAAUCCAAAAGCUCCCUGGCCAGUCAGCUCAGCAAGCAAAGUUCCUUCUGCAGCGAGGCGGGCAUGAGUACGGUGAGCUCCGCCGCGUCCGACAUCCACUCCAAUGCCAGCGAGAACGAACAGGGCGCCCCGGUGGAUGCAACGGUGACGGAAAUGUACGCAGGCGAGUGGCGUAGCGACCACAGGGCCGGCUGGGGCGUGAGUCGACGUUCGGAUGGCCUUCAUUACGCGGGCGAAUGGGCAGGGAACAAAAGACACGGGUACGGAUGCACCACGUUCCCGGACGGCACCAAGGAGGAGGGAAAGUACAAGCAGAACAUGUUGGUGAGCGGCAAGCGCAAAAACCUGAUCCCCCUGAGGGCCAGCAAGAUCAGGGAGAAGGUCGACAGAGCGGUGGAAGCUGCUGAGAAGGCUGCAGAAAUUGCCAAGCAGAAAGCUGAGAUUGCCAUGUCCAGGAUGAGCCAUGCUCGGGGAAAGGCGGAGGCUGCUGAGGGAGUCGCGCAGAAGGCCAUGGAGGAAUGUCGACUGGCCCGGAUAGCUGCCAAGGAGCUCUCCCCCUCCUUCCACAUCUACGGCAACGGGCUCGAAUGUCAGCGGCCCCAGCACCAAGACGCCAAGGACAAAGACCACGAGGUCAUCUCCACGGGAACAGACAGUCCAGAGCUGUGUACUCCGGACACCACGCCGCCUGUAAUAACACCCGAUCUCAGCCCUGUGCUCAACGUUCCCGUGUGUCCGCCUCGGAGCCCGCCCAGGCGUGUCCAUCGUCCCAAAAACGCUUGCUUCAUGAGACAGACCGCGGUGGACGAUCACGGUGGAGCCGAAAUCCAAGUCCUGGUGGAGUCGCGAGGUACGGGAAUGCUGAAAGGCGACGCAAACAACUGGGCGGAUGACCAGUACCCCGAUCGGGGGUGCAGCAGCCGCUCCACUACGCCGUCGUUACUGGAAGAACAGGAAGUACACAUAAACGGCCAUGACCCGGUUCCUUUGUCCAACCACAAGCUACGCGAGAAACCCAUCUCCAAUCACAAAGUCCGGGAACACAGAUCGUGGGAGCACUCUUCGUCCAACCAAAAGUCAUCCAAGCACGCGUCUUCCAAUCACAAAUCCCGGGAAUACGCGUCAUCCAAUCACAAAACACGGGAUCAUUCUUCCAGCAACCACAAAGCUUCCGAACGCGUCUCCUCCAACUACAAACCGCAGGUGCACAUUUCAUCCAAUCACAACAUGUCCAAUCACAAGACGUCUGAGCAUGCUUCCGCCAAUCACAACUCCCAGGACUACAUCUCGUCCAAUCACAACCCCAAGGACCACGUUGCCUCUAGCUACAACCCUCGAGAGCAUGCCUUCUUCAACCACGUAAAACAGCACAAUCCCUGCAACCACAAGCUUAGCGAGCAUGCCGGAAUCCACCAAAGGCAAGAUGGCGUCGCCGAGGGUUGGACUGCGGAAAGCACCCUCAGGUGGAGCCCCGCCCACUCGCGCCUCACCGAGCGCGACGAAGAAAGAACGAACGAGUACACCGUGGAUAUGAGGCUUCAGUGUCCGGACUCGCGUAUGUCCCCGUCGCCGGCGCCCAAAAACAACCGGCUGCGAUCCCGGGGGGGUCUGAGGCCGGUCAGAGAGGGAUCCGUGGACUCCGUGCAGAUGCUGGACAAUUUGAGCGUGGGGGCGGAGCUCGAGGAAUGGCCGCUGCAUCGGGACCUCACACUCUCCCCACCGCUUCAGUCCCAGCCCAUCGCCCUGGAGCAGGAAGGAGAGCUUCUCACCCUCAAACCAAACUCAGGCUCCAGCUCCAUUCUGGUGGUGAUGGUCAUCUUACUCAAUAUCGGAGUAGCAAUUCUUUUCAUUCAUUUCUUUAUUUAAGCUCAUACAACUGCUGUAUGUAUAUUAUAUUCUAACCUACUGAGAUGGACAUUCUGGCUCGAAAUGACGGUUUCAGCUGUGACGUUUUUGCGUCAUCGUUAACUUUUUUUUUUUUUUUUUAGCUUCCAAACGUGGAAAAGGUUACCGACUCGAGUAAAGGUGGUAGAUUUACACAUUUACACUACCGUGGCGUGUUUCGGACACACGUGCAUGGGUGUCGUCGUUGUUAAAACGAACUAGCAAAAGCAGUUUUGGACUUUUUUUUUUUUGUUUUUUUUGUUUCCUGAUUAUAAAACAUGCUAACCACUAGCAUGAAACUCACACUCCUUCCCGUUUCUUAUCUCGCUUUCACAUUCACCGAUUUCUUACCCCCCCCAUCCCCCACCCUGUCCUCACUAUGCGCUACGUACAGAACUAUGCUGCAAGAGUAGAUCCAUUUAAAGGGCUCGCCAUGAUUUUUUUUUUCUUUCAUUUCUCCAAAAAAAAAAAAAAAAAAAAAAAAACACUUGUGCAUGAGGCUGCGUGGGGCGUCGAUUCGAAAUGCAUCGUCUUAUCCCUUUAACAUCAACAUUUUUUUUUUUUUUCGAUUCCAUGACGGCGGUGCGGUGAUGGCGUUGUGCACUUGUUUGAUGUCACCUCACCUACACGCGACAUUGGAUCUGUGCAAACAUACGUAGGUCCCGUUUUCAUUUUUAAAACAUUUUGUAUGUUGAGAUCGAAAUUUAUACUCAAGGAACUUCCUGAAUUUGAAAAGAAACGCUUAAGUCGGCACUCCUUUGCACACGGACUCACAUCGGCAUGGCGACUUAUUUAUCCGCUGACAUGCUGAGAGAGAUUUCAGAAUGUCCCUUUGUACGUAUAGCUACUGUAACGACUGUUAUGUUACCACCACUAAUUAUACUAUAAUAUGUGUAUGUGUCAUUAUUAUUAUUAUUAUUAUUAUUAUGAUUAUUAUUCCACUUUGACACUUUUCGAGCAAGCUGGAGAGAACGCAGAGUGUCUCUUUUUUUUUGAUUCACUUCAAUUCACCAAAAUUGGCAGUUCCAAGAUGAAGCCAAGUAACGUCCACUCAUCCUCACAAACUCGCGCCCCCUUCAACCAGGAAUGGCAUGCACUGUUUUGACUCUGUAAUCCUAGUCGGGCCGUUCAAAAAAAAAAAAAAAAAAAAAAAAAUGGAACGUGGGGUUUCUGUUUCGCUGUGUGUCGUUCCCAGACACGUUCAGUCUCACGGGCCGGGCCGGAUGACAUUUUUCCGCAUGGUUGUUCAGCUCAAUCUGCUGUGGGUUUGCUCCCCUUUCGUCUGUUUUGUCGAGUAACACGAGACUAACGUGAGACGUGGAGAGCAGCGAUAAAAAAAAAAAAUAAAAUGCUAGCUUUUAACUCUCAAGAGAAUACUGGAAGUUUAUGAAUAAUAAUACGAAAAGCAACUAUUGUAUGUUUUAUACUUCGCACCCAGUGGCAUCAUCAUGUUGUGACAUCAUUGCAUGCCCGAGCAUGCUCUUUCUUACGCUUUGGUUUAUGAGGUUGUUUCCAAGUUACUGUGGAGAAAAUAAUAAAAUGUUUGAAAUAUGAAGCGUUUCUGAUUUAUUGCUGAUGCCGAGGAACAUGAGUGUGCAGUCAGGCCCGAAAAACCCUGUCAGAAGCACUGACCUACAUUUAGAAUUCUAGUAUUUGUUCCAUGAAACCGUUUACAAACCUCUUUAAUUGGUUGUUGAUAAGUGAAUUUCGACAAAGUAAGAUUCCUUAUUUAUAUAUAUAUAUAUAUUGAUUUUGUUUUGUUAGAGCACAGAAGUCCUGUU